AUGGUGGGUAUGACAGUCGCUGUCAACAGGGGCGAUGUCGAUUUUGGAACCGCCAACAGCGUCGCCGUCAGCAGCUCGACGACGUUCCUUGCCUCCGAUGUUUCAAACAACGUAUCCCAUCCGAACUCGCAGUGGUAUCAACGCAGUGUCCGUUAUGACGAGACUGUCGGUCGCGACCGUGGAGUAGUAACUUGCAUGCACGACGGUGUGCUACCAUUGGGUUUGUCACUCGUUCGUGAGCUCCGAUGUUUGGGUAACCGCGAGCUGAUUCAAGUGUACCAUUGUGGUCAACAGGAACUGUCAAACACAUCCAAGGAAUUACUACUUGGUGUGGACGAUCGACUGGAGUUGGUGGAUGUAUGCUCCGAUCUUGUUGAACGUGGUGUGAUCAACGACAAGAGAGCAAAGCAAUUUCGAAGCUGGUGGAUCAAACCCCUUGCCAUGUAUCACACUGAUAUUCGUCAUGUGAUGCUAGUGGAUGUGGACGACAUUUUUGUUAAGGAUCCUGCAGUCCUGCGUGAUUUAAAAGGAUACAGGACCACGGGCACGACAUUUUUCUAUGAUCGCGUGCGAUUCAACAUUACAGGAGAAGCCAAACCGUCCGAGAACGCACUCAAGUCGUUUGCAUACAACAACAACAGUUGCCACGAGAUGGACUCGUCGCUUGUAUUGAUUGACAAGGUACGCGUUGUACUCGUUCGGUGA